CGGUGCCGACUCCUUUAAAGGUUGCACCAGGUGGUUCCCUGCGAGCGAGAUGCCGCGUCUGUACGUGGGCGGCUUAAGCCACUCGGUCACUCAAAAGGACCUGACUGAUCGCUUUGGAAAUUUUGGAAACGUGGAGGACGUGGAGCUCCGGACCCGCCGGGAUGAAGAGGGUGUUCCCUACAAAACCUUUGCUUACAUCAACCUCAACAUUUCUGACACGGACCUAAAAAAGUGCAUGAGCGUGUUAAACAAAUCCAAAUGGAAAGGAGGAACGCUGCAGAUAGAACUAGCCAAGGAGAGUUUUCUGCAAAAGCUAGCUCGGGAGAGGGAGGCGGAGCAGCAGCGCCUCCGUCACAAUGCCGACGACACCCACCGAAGGGAGCACAAGCUGCUGGAGACCCUCAGGGAAGCCGGCGUGGACAAUUUCACCAUGAAGGCGGCUGUGCCAGGCACGGAAGUACCAGGACACAAGGACUGGGUGGUCAGUAAAUUUGGUCGUGUGCUGCCGGUCAUGCAGCUGCUCUGUCAAAAAGGCGCCAGGGCUCGCAGCAUCAAGUACGACCCGUCCAAACACUGCCACAACAUCCGUCGCUUGGCCCCGCCCACCUCCAUUGCCGACCCUCCCACCCCCGUGGCCCAGCUCACCUGGCGCAUUGACGCCGGAGACGACGACAUCAGCAAGAGGAGGCGAGGGGAGUUCCCACCGUACCAGCCGCCAAAGCCCAAGAAGGCUCGCACGGAUGCCACGGAAGCUGGGAACGACGCCAGAUCGGCGCAGGUUGUCAGCACCGCCGAGCCGGAGAAUCGUCACCUGUUGAACAGAUUCUCGCCAGCAGACAACCGACCUCCGGCCCAGAGGAGCAGACACGCACGUUACGAGGACAGCGACUCGGACGAGGAGCUGCGUCGGCUGGUGGCGCUUGAGCAGACUCUCCAGGCGCCGGGGGAGAACCCGCAGGACAACCUGGAAGUGGUGGGACACGACUUCAAGUGCGGAGGAAGGCCAACCAACAACCAAGAUGAGGACGAUUACGACUCUGCUGACACGGACGAACUCGUCACUUUGAGAAAACAUCCUCUUUGUCCCCGGAAGAACACUCGUCAGGAAAGCUCCCUGGCCGAUCUCCACAAGGUGGCCGAGAAAUGCCAGCAAAGCUCCGACCGGCGAGCCCAGAAGAGACCAGUCGGGAAAGCAAUCAUGCCCGAGGACGUCUUGGCCUCUCACCUGAGGGGCGGCAAGGACCCUCCAGAAAUCAAGAAGGUGGCAAAGACAGAAUUCAAGAAGAUGGCAAAGACAAAAUUUCCCGCCUUUCUAGGCACGGCCACUCUCUACGAGGAGGUGCUGGAGAAAACGGACUCUGCACAGAACAAGACGGACCGGCUGAAUGCCUCUAUGUUGUCAUCGUCAGAGGCGGCGGCAGCCAAGAGCAAAAUCAAAGACGACAAGAUGACAAAAGCGACGGCCGUCCUUCCUCUGGAAGACAAAGACAAGGUCACCCGUCUGGGACUCUCUGUGGUCGAUCUCCAGAAGGUGGCUGAGGAAUGCAAGCAAAGCGCUGACCGGCGAGCCCCGAAGAAACCAACUGGGAAAGCAAUCAUGCCCGAGGACAUCCUGGCCUCUCUCCUGAGGGGCGGCGAGGACCCUCCAGAAUUCAAGAAGGUGACAAAGACAAAGUAUCCCCCCUUUCGAGGCACGGCCACUCUCUACGAGGAGGUGCUGGAGAAAACGGACUCUGCGCAGAACACGACGGACCAUCCGGCUGCGUCUUUGUCGUCAUCCUCAGAGAGUAAGGCAGCGGCAGCCAAGAGCAAAAUCAAGAAGACAAAAGCGACGGCCGUCCUUAAUGAGGAAGACAAGGACAACGUCCCCCGUCUGGAACUCUCCCUGGUCGCUCUCCCAAAGGUGGCUGAGGAAUGCCAGCAAAGCUCCGACCGGCAAGCCCAGAAGAAACCAACCGGGAAAGCAAUCAUGCCCGAGGACGUCUUGGCCUCUCACCUGAGUGGCGGCAAGGACCCUCCAGAAUUCAAGAAGGUGGCAAAGACAGAAUUCAAGAAGGUGGCAAAGACAAAAUUUCCCGCCUUUCGAGGCACGGCCACUCUCUACGAGGAGGUGCUGGAGAAAACGGACUCUGCGCAGAACAAGACGGACCGGCCGAAUGCGUCUUUGUUGUCAUCGUCAGAGGCGGCGGCAGCCAAGAGCAAAAUCAAAGCCGACAAGAUGACAAAAGCGACGGCCGUCCUUCCUCAGGAAGACAAGGACAACGUCACCCGUCUGGGACUCUCUGUGGUCGAUCUCCAGAAGGUGGCUGAGGAAGAAUGCAAGCAAAGCGCUGACCGGCGAGCCCCGAAGAAACCAACUGGGAAAGCAAUCAUGCCCGAGGACAUCCUGGCCUCUCUCCUGAGGGGCGGCGAGGACCCUCCAGAAUUCAAGAAGGUGACAAAGACAAAGUAUCCCGCCUUUCGAGGCACGGCCACUCUCUACGAGGAGGUGCUGGAGAAAACGGACUCUGCGCAGAACACGACGGACCAGCCGGCUGCGUCUUUGUCGUCAUCCUCAGAGAGUAAGGCGGCGGCAGCCAAGAGCAAAAUCAAGAGGACAAAAGCGACGGCCGUCCUUAAUGAGGAAGACGAGGACAACGCCACCGGUCGGGAACUCUCCCUGGUCGAUGCCCAGAAGUUGGCCGAGGACUGCCAGAAAAACUUCGACCGGCGAGCCCGGAAGAAACCAACCGAGGAGGCAAUCCUGCCCAAGUAUGUCCUGAAGGGCAACAGCGGCAAGGACCAAGCAGAAUCCAAUAAGAAGACAGGCAUGAAGGUGGCCGCGACAAAAUGUCCUGCCUUUCCAGGCCAGGCCACUCUCCACGAGGAGGCUCUGGAGAAAACCAACGCUGCGCAGAACAAGACGGACCAGCCGGAUGCGUCUUUGUCUUCAUCCUCAGCAAAUGAGGCGGCGGCGCGUCGUUCAAGACUGAGCGCUCGGGAGGAAAAGGAGCGACAGAAGAAAGACAACAGCAAGAGGUUGGCCGCCGUCCAGCAGAAGCUGAAGAAGGCUGAGCAGCACCAGAAGCUCAUCCAGGGGGCGCUCGCCAACCUGGAUGCCACCACGACAAGAGCGGGCAAACACAUUGUCUUCGAUUCCGAGGAUGAUGACGACGAGCACACAACGGAGGCCGCGAGCGAGACGGCGGCGCCGCGCGGUGACCCAUCCAAGGAGGCCGAGACCAUGGCCACCAAGAAGCGGGUGCGCGCCAAAGCGUCGGCCCCUCGGCUUUUCGACAGCAGUGAGGAUGAGGAGGACGCCGAUGACGAGGAAGACGGCGGCAGGUUUCACAUUAGGCCUCAGUUUGAAGGACUAGCGGGAAAGAAGCUGAUGGAGCUGCAAUCACACUUUGGCACAGACGAGCGUUUCCGCAUGGACUCUCGUUUCCUGGAAAAAGAAGAAGAAGAGGACAAAGAGGGCAACCGAUGCGUGGCGAGGGAGGAGGACCUUCUGGAGGAGGAGAAGAAGAGGAACAUAUCCAUCCUUCAGGGGCUUCUGGGGCCUCGCGCCCACAGCGCAAAACCCUCCGCCAAGACCAAAACCUUCAGAGACGUGUCGGCGCUGCACUACGAUCCCAGCAGGGACGAACACGCCGCCUUUGAAAGCAAAGCAGACAGCAAACAGGACAGCAAGCCGGCGCGACGGAAGAAGCGCGAGGAGGCCGCCAAGCUCCCGGAGGUUUCCAAGGAGAUCUUCUACCAUGUGUCAGGUGACCUGAAGGCCAUGUUCGAACCCGUCACUGACCUUGAGACAGCCGAGCGGCCCCAGACCUGCUGGGACCAAAAGGCGGAGGAGGGGGACAAGCAUGAAGAGCAGCCCGCCCAAGAACAUUCCGGGUUCAUGUUCUCCUUCUUCGGCGACGACAUCCAGACGUCAAACGACCACAAAGAGUACAAGGUGGAGCUCAUCCAGGGGGCCAAGGUGUCGCCGUGGCAACUGGACCCUCGCCUACAAGACAGCAGCGAGGAAGACGAAGAGGAUGAAGAUCCAACACACGAGGGGCAAAGCAAGGCGGCGCCUAAAACCACAACGGAGGAAUCUGUUUCAGCCACAAACAAUUUCUUCUUCUUCGGCCUUGAUGACAGCAGAUUGACAGAGGGUCCCGUGUGGUUCUGCCGCUCGUCUCAGCUGGAGGAGGAGCGAGAAGAGUGGGACGAGAGGCAGGUGGAGCUCAGACAGGAGUACCGCAAAAAACACAAAGAUGCCCGCAAGAAGCUCAAAUCCUCACAAAAAACACGAGUGCAGAAAUCCUGAAUUUUCAAAAUGUAAGCAAUAUAACAGCUCAUUUUAGAGACUGUGACAUUAAAAUGGUAUAUAUGACAUGUCUAAAGACAAUUUUUUUUUUUUUGAGGAGGGUCAUUUAUUUUGUCACACCCAUCCCAAUUUGCCACCAUGUCAAUUAAAUGACCAUUUGUAUUUCCAGAUGACCUUCAGGCCUUUCAAUGCAUUUUCAAGAUUAGUCAUUUCAACAGAGAUGCCUUAUUUCAAAAGUAAAUACAGUAAUCCCUCGUUUAUCGCGGAUAAUUGGUUCCCAACCACCGGCGAUGUGAAAAUGCGCCAAGUGGUGUCACCCUCUCAUUUUUAACAUCCAUAAUUUUUUUGUAUAUCAAUAAGUGUAUAUUAAACCAUAUAAGUGCAUAUGUUAUUAUUGGAAUAUUAAAUAAUAGUUUCAAACACAAGGUACAACACUAAA